GUAGCUCUAAAUGCUACCAGUUCACAUGACGAGACAUGUCAGUCCGUGUGGUUAUGACCGACAUCUAACCGCGUACACUGCUGCUCGUUUUCGGGGUUUUUUUUUAAACUAACAUUAAAAUACGCCUCUCUUCUAUCAGCAGACAAGAGGAGGAAUAACGUCAGGAAGCCGCCGGUAAAAAAAAAAAAAAGUGACGCUUCAGUUUUAGCUCGUUAAGUCAAGUGCGCCGAGUUGACCCACCUGCGCCCGCAGCAGCAGCAGCAGCGACCGAGCAGCUUCCCUCCGGGCUUUUUAUUUUUUGUUGUUGUUGUUUUUUACUGGGACUAAAAUACUCAAGUACAAGCUGUGCUGUGAUCUCUCUCGAAGGAUGAAACUCUCUCACGCUUACGGCGCGCUUAUCAUCGCCUGGUUUGCGGUUUUAGGUUGCAUUCAAGCCGUCACUCUCGAGGUGAAGGAAGGAAACUCCACCUGCAUCAAGGCUGAGCUUUCUGCAUCGUUCUCCAUCAACUACAAUACCUCCAACAGCACGAGAACAGCACAGGUCCCUCUGCCCGACUCCGCAGCAGUCGACACACGCAGCAGCUCGUGCGGCACUGACGGCAGCUUACCAUGGCUGGUGGCGGUGUUCGGAUCCGGCCACGCGCUGGGGCUGAGCUUUUCAACCAAUGGAAGUCUGUACAGUGUUGCAAACCUGACACUGCAGUACAACCUCAGCGACUCCUCCGUCUUCCCCGAGGCCAACAGCUCUGAUGUGGUCACUGUGGUGUUAGCUUCAGUUGGGAUCUGGGCGCCGAUCAACACCACCUACCGUUGUGUGAGCCCCGCCACUUUCAGAGUUGGCGAUGCAACUGUCACAUUCUCUGAUAUGAGACUGGAGGCGUACAUGCCAGAAAAUGAUCUGAGUCCAACAGAAAGCGUAUGUAUGGCAGAUAAGGGCAGUACUGCAGCUCCACCUACUACUGCCAGUACUACAACAACUGCAGCUCCAGCACCAACACCACCAGGGACACCUGAACGGGGCAACUACUCUAUAAGCAACGGCAACGGCACAGUUUGUCUCCUGGCCCAAAUGGGACUGCAGCUCAACGUCUCCUAUUUCUCUGUAUCACAGAAUAAGACUAUUCAAGAAAUAAUAAAUCUCACUCCCAAUCUGACAAGUUCAUCGGGAUCAUGUGAAGCCAGCAGUGCUACCUUAGUUUUGACACAGGAACAAGCCACAAGGCUCAGCUUCACCUUCACUCUGAACUCCACGACCAACAAGUACCACCUGAGUGGGAUGAAUCUGCGCGCUAAUUGGUCGGAUAUGACUGCUCCCUUCUCAGUCGGUAACACCAGUCUGGACUACCUGCGGAGUACACUGGGCCGCUCCUACAUGUGCAACGCAGAGCAAACUCUGGUUGUGGCGCAGACCUUCUCACUCAACACAUUCAGACUGCAGGUCCAACCCUUUGGAGUCACUACCAACCAGUUUGCCACAGCGGAGGAGUGUCAGAUGGACCAAGACCAGAUGCUCAUCCCCAUCAUUGUGGGAGCAGCUCUUGCCGGCCUGGUGCUGAUUGUCCUCAUCGCAUACCUAAUAGGCAGGAAGAGGAGCCACGCUGGAUACCAGACCAUCUGAAUGGACCCCUCGUUUAUCCCUGAACCCGACAGACUGAAUGGUGGAGAGACGAACCUGCGCGUGCGAAUGAUAAAGCGAUAGACUGUGAACACGAGUAUGAGUGAAUGGAAACAAAUGUUAUUGUGGUGGGUGCAUGUUUUUUUUGCAUAUCCUAUGUGACCUCUGGAUAUUUUAAAUUUCCUUUCACUUUCUCUGUGGAUGAUGAAGAGAAAGCCAAACCUAAACCCAAGCUGAAUUUAAAGAUGGCGCACAUCUUGGUGAAGCCUGAGAGGACUGAGUCUUCACUUAAUCCAGGAUGAAGGCAGUUUGAAGUUGCGGUGGCAAGUUCACCAUCAACUGUUUGGCUACACACCGCCCUGUGCUGUUAUUGUUUCAUUAUCUAAUAGGAAUUGGUUGAAUUUGCUUGAACUGCUGUUUGUUGUUUUUAGCUGUGUAAUUAUUUAUAAGGAAUCAUUUAAUAUCCCAUGCAGAUUAAGAGGCAGAGGGGCAAUCAGAUGAAGUGCAGGACAAGUUUUUUUUUUUAAAAAAAAAGCUCCAGUGCUGUUGGUGAAAGGUUUGACAAUUAAUGAUGUCUCUGUUCAAACAUUUCAAGUAAGUUGAAUUGUUACUCUCGCCCCCUACGCAUGCUCACGUGUACUUUUUUUUUUUUUUAACUCCAGGAGCAUGAGUUAAUCCCAGCAACUCGAAAAGGGAAAGCACUGAAUGUCUGUCAUUUCCCCUCAUUCCUCUUCAGUGGAGACUGACAGAUGCCUUCAGUGCACUGAAGCAGUUUAAUUCAACUAAUUAAACUUAUAACUAUGAUGAUACAAACUUGUGGAUUGCUGCUUUGUGUAAUCCGUGUGUAGUGGUCCGGCCGUACACGGAAGGCAACUCUGCAUUCACAAAAAUGUAUUUGACAGGAAAAGUGAACACAGGUUAAUUUUCUAUUCUUGGUUUCCCCCAGCCUCUCCCACAGGAAAUGUUAAUAUGAACUGUAGUGAUUUGAUCUUUUUUAUAGAAGAUGGUUUGAUCUCGUUUUCUAUUAUGCAUCUUACUGAAAGAUAAUAAAAACAUCAAAAGUC